AUGUCCGACCAGGCCUGUGUCCUCCGUAUUCCCAGGUCUGACGAUCCCACCACAGUAUCCUCCUCGUCAUGGUCCGCUGAUGGCGUCAGCUCAGUCAAGCAGUCCCAUCUCAAGAACCUCCGCUCUAAGAACUAUCAGGGAAGCGAUCAGGAAUUCGAGCAGAUCCUCACCACCGUUCUGGGCCAAUGUUCGUUUGCUGUCCAUCCGGAGACCGGGCGCAAACCUGGUCUCGAGGUAGGCGCCUCCAUACGCGGUUCCGGUGACAAGAAUAAGGAGCUGGUCAUUACCGUGAGGAAAAGGAUCGAUAGCAUCACGCAACGAGUGGCCUCCAUUACUCUCAUGCAGGAUGACGAUCAGACCAUCGAGCUUUUCGAGUGGACCAGCCUUAUGAUUUCGAGAGCGGAUUCUCUCGGACAGCAGAUCUCCUCCUUGACUGAGCGAUUGCAAGCAGCUGAAGAUACCAUCAGCAAACUCAAUUCCCAGCUCGAGGAGCUCGUCGAGGCCAAGAAUGAGCACGAGAACCGGUUGAUGAUGAACUUCGUGCAGGUCUUGAAUGAGAAGAAACUCAAGAUUCGAAACCAACAGCGCCUGCUGGCCUCGGCCAAAGUUGACAUGGGAAAGGGUCGCGGACACCGGCCUACCGAGACGAGUCGGUCCAACAAGCGCAAAGUGGCGGACAACAUGCCAGAGACUUCAGAUACAGACGAUGAAUUCGAGAGAAUGGAUAUCGACCGAGCGAAGGAUCAAGAUGACUAUGGUGAGGAUGAGGUCACAGACCUCGAGGGCCGGGAGACGCCUCAGCCUUUGGAAGAUGAGACCGAGACGGAGGAUCAGGAUGAUAUGGUAUCUACUUCUCCACCUAGAAUUGAUAGGAAAGAUGAGAAGCGCGGCCAGGUAAUGGACAAAUCAGAUCGCCCGAACCUGGCACCUCCUACCAGCCCUCCUCCCCGGAGGGAUCUUCCGUUUGCUAGGAAGGCUGCAGCGAAUGAUCAGGCAAAGUCCUCCGUACCGCGACGAGAUCAACCUGCAGAGUUUACUGAGCAAGCUGAUGAGACGGCCGGUGAGACUGAUGAUGAUGAGUUGUAA